GGUAAAGUUCCUGGUCCUGUGGGGCCGCAGGGCCGUUUGGUGGUGGUCGCACCACUGAAUGACCACUCAAAUGUUAUCGAAUAAUCCAUAAUCCUUAUUGAGGAUACGUAUUACGUAUGUAGCUGCACGGGAACGGAACUUACACUGUACAGCAUCCGUUAGCUCCCCCGCUUGUGUUUCGUUUCGUUUCGUCCCGUUGCUUCAACAAUUUGGCUUUCUAUAAUCCAAUCUGUACGCGCCCCGUCGAAUCCCAUGUCGUUGUAAUUUUUGUUUCGUGAUUUUCUUUAAAUAGUCUCUUCAUCGAUCGGCUGGUCCGUUACGACAAUUUCGUGCAUUUCUGCAUUUCGUAACCAAACAAUAUUUUUAUCUCAUCAUGACAGCUGUCGAGCCAAGUACCCGAAAAAGGGUGCUCAAGGUCAUUUUCAUAUCGUUGCUUUUGGAUCUGAUAUCCUUCACAUUUAUCCUCCCUCUCUUCCCUAAACUCCUCGAGUUCUACAGAAAUAGCGAGGUAGGCGACGACUCGCAGACGACACUGCUCGCCCGGAUUCUAGGCGGUCUCAACGCAUACAAAUCUGCCUUCGCGAGACCAAUCGACUCGAGAUAUGAUAUCGUCCUCCUGGGAGGAGCCUUGGGGAGCUUAUUCUCUCUGCUCCAGGCCGUAGCGUCCCCCGUUAUUGGACACCUGUCCGACAAGUAUGGCAGAAGGGCCGCGCUUCUUGCCAGCAUGGCUGGAAAUAUCGUGUCGGUUCUCCUCUGGGUGGUGGCAGUGGAUUUCAGAACCUUUCUUGCCUCGCGUGUUGUGGGUGGUUUAUCGGAGGGCAACGUACAACUGGCCACAGCCAUCGCAACCGAUAUCUCGGACGAGAGUAGCCGUGGCUCGACUAUGGCCCUCAUAGGUGCUUGCUUUUCGAUCGCUUUCACCUUUGGUCCGGCCCUUGGCGCAUACUUAAGCUCCAUUGCAACCGUGGCCGCCAACCCUUUCGCAACAGCCGCCGGCGUAUCUUUAUCCCUGAUUGUGGUCGAGACGAUUUACCUAUAUUUCGCGUUACCCGAGACUCUGCCAAGUCAGACAGAAAAGAAGACUUCCAAAACAGCCACGAAGCCGAUAGCAGUGACGCGUACAAACUCUCACUUUUUGCUGAACUUGGUGCACUUCUCCUUUCUGCUAUUCUUCUCGGGAAUGGAAUUUUCCCUACCGUUCAUGACGUACGACCUCUUCCAGUACAACUCGGCUCAGAACGGCCGACUGCUGGGGUUUGUGGGUCUAAUUGCCUCGAUCCUACAAGGCGGAGUCACCCGCCGACUUCCACCGCUUCUCACCGUGAGGAUCGGUGUCACUGCAUGCUUACUAGCGUUCAUCAUGCUCGGGCGCAUCAGCACAGUCGGAUCGCUGUAUCUAGCCGCUACUUGCUUAGCGACUACCUCAGCCACAGUCGUCAGCGGUCUCAACACGUUAAGCAGCUUCGAGGCUAGCGAAGGCGAGCGAGGAGGCAAGUUAGGUGUACUUCGAAGCUACGGCCAGCUCGGGCGAGGCUUGGGCCCCAUUCUGUUCACCAGCGUGUACUGGUGGGCGGGCAGAGAGGUUGCCUACGCCGGCGGGGCUUUAGGUAUCUUGGGUGUUACAUUACUGGUGUUCGCCGGGCUUAAGUCACCGCCCGGUUCGCUAAGGAAAGCUAAGUCGGAGAAGAAAGAAUUAUGAGGGGUUAUCGUUGUUUCAAAUGCGUUGGAUUGUACAAAAACACCCUCAGCUCUUUUACCGGAUGAUGGUAGAAAUUUCAGAUGAGACUCACUAGAAUAGCGUUGUAUACAAUGAUAGUACCUUGCUUGGCAACCGACAGCCCACUUCUACAUGAGCAGACCAUGGGCAUGCAGGAAUUUGCUGGUGGCUUAAAAGUUCAUGGUCUUAUCUUGGCAGCUUAGAGGUACCUAAUUAUAACACCUAUCCCCAGUUGCACGUUGAUCAUCGAGGCUAAAUGUAGAUCUAUG